AUGGCCUCAAUCGACAGGCUCACCGCCUUGCCCGACGAUAUCAUCUCUCACAUCCUCUCUUUACUGCCCUUCAAAACCUCCGUCUCCACCGGCGCCCUCUCCGCAAGAUGGAGGCGUCUAUGGACCUAUGCGCCUAACAUACAACUCACCGAAGAAUCCCAGCUGCUAAAUUUUAUUAUAGAUUCAAUCCCGGAGUCAAAUCCCUAUCACGAACAGUUCGUAGACGUGUUGACAAAGAUUCUGUCCCAAUUUGAAUCGCACAGCAUGAACACACUUCGACUCAAAAUGUUUUACUUCGACGAGCAUGAACUUGAGGCGCGUCUCGAGAGCGUCUUUGCGCGCAACGUGAAAACUCUCGAUCUUACUUUGCGGUAUGGCUCUGUGAUUAUUCGCCUUUUCGACGAAGGCCCCCGUUUUGAUUUGAGGCUCAAUCUUUUCGAUAUUAAAUUGAAUAAUGGCACCUCCAAAACCCUAGUUGAUUUGAGGCUCAAUCUUUUCUUUGUCAAGAUAAAGAUUGGCACCGUGUGUUUACCAGCCCUCAAGAGGCUAUAUCUUGGGGGCGUUACCCUUGAUGGCACCCUCGACAACCUGCUUUUCUGUUGUCCGGUGCUCGAAGAGUUCACUGCGUACUAUAUCUUUAUCCAAUGUGACGCAAAUGUGGUAUCCCAUUGCAUAUCUUCAUCCACUAUGAAGAGGUUGGUCUUCAAUUGUGAGUUCCCUUACAAGUUGAAGAUAGAUACUCCUGCGCUUAAUUAUCUAUUACUAAGGUAUGAGAUCCCCCAUAAUUUCUCGGUUGGGUCGAUGGACUUCUUAGUUGAAGCGCACAUUGAUGUUGGGCUUAUCAAGGUUCGUGACUUGACCCCUGUCGGUUUGAACAUAAAGUUUCACAAUUUAACCAAACUCAGGGUGGAAGGUUAUUGCCGUUUCAUCUCAUAUAUCGUGGAGAAGGCUAACAAACUUGAAGCCCUUAAUGUCAUACACUAUCAUGAACCGGAAUGCGAGAUGGAACCCGUCCAGUUGCCUAUGGCUAAUUCAAUCAUGAAGCUUCACAAUUUAAUAAAACUCGAACUGCAAGUUGAUUGGUGGUUCCUCACAUAUUUCCUAGAUAAGGCUGAUAAACUUAAAGUCCUUACUAUCCGUAGUAAGGGUUAUAAUAAUCGAAAGCGCUGGUUGGCGGCUCCCCUCCAAGUGCCUAAUUGCCUUUCGUCACAUCUUAAAAUAGUGACAAUUCACGAAUUGGAAGGUACAGAGCAUGAACUUGACAUGGUUAGAUAUCUCUUGAAGAAUGCUAAAGUCCUCGAGAGGAUGGAACUACACUGCUUGGCAGAAUCGAUCAGGAGAAUUUCAUCAUUUGAUCGAGGAUCUGAGAAGUGUGAGAUUGUCUUCCACGAAUAUCUGGAUUCUGGAAUCAGAGAUGAAGACUUAGGUUUUUGA